AUGUAUUCUAGGUGUUGCUUGUUAUCACUUUUUGAUAGAUUCUCUAUGAAGAAACUUUGUUGCUCAGUUUUUCUGUUUUGUUGUUCUUGUUUUCGCAUUCUUCUUGUUAUUUCCAUGGAAAAAUUCAAGCUUAAAUUCAAAGGAAUUUUCUCUAGCAUAGGUUGUCUUCGACGCCGCGAAAAACCUUCUGUUGUUAUUUCAAUGGAUGAGGGAUUUAAUGGAGAAAUAAUUCAAGGCCAAACAGUGGCUAAGAAUGAUGGAUCAUCUGAUUUUUGGAGUAGCAGUGCUUAUGAAAAGGAUCAUAGCGCGGCUCGAUCGACGAGAAGUGUUUCGUCGAGUCGAAUAACAAUGAAUUCUUCUUCUGAUCUUCAAAGUAGUUCAAAUACUCAGAUUAGUCCUCCUGAAUUUGUCAAUCAAGGACUUAUUGUAUGGAACCAGAUAAGGCAAAAAUGGGGUGAAAAUAAAAUCACCCAAAGUAAUAUAGAAGAUAGAGAAUCAAGAAUAAGUUCAAAUGCUACAUACGAUGAUCUACUUGGAAACAAUAAGUUUUUUCCCCAACCUAUUCCUCUAAGAGAAAUGAUUAACUUUCUUGUUGAUAUUUGGGAGCAAGAGGGUCUAUAUGAUUGA